AAACUCGACCAAUUUUUUUGUGAAGUCGUUAAAACGUGAAAAUUGUACAAUUCGAUAAUCAUGGGACCGAAGAAUAAUUUUUGGUUAUUUUCCAGCGUUAUUAUUUUUACUACCGUUCUUCUCGUUGAAAGUUCGCCGUUUCCACAUCGUUCAUCAACAGAUUUACAAGAUUUAAAAGAUGGAAAUGACAAAAACGCGGAUAUCUACAGAUUACCUAACGACGUGAUACCAGUUUCUUACGAAUUGAAAAUGGCGCCUGAUUUGGAGAAGCUUACAUUCACUGGCCAAGUGGAGAUAAUCGUUCACGUCCAUUUUACAACUGAUCGGAUAAUUUUACACAGCAAAAAUCUCCAAAUACAAAACGUAAUGGUAACAGGAGCUGAAGGAAGCGUGAAAAAUGCAACCGUUCCAAUACCCACAUCGCAUACAUUGGAUGAGAAAAAUGAAAUCAUCAUUAUAAAGACAGAAGGCAAAUUCAAUUAUAAUCAGAAUUAUAAAAUAUCGAUUACAUUUCAAGGCAAGUUUGAAUCAGGUUACACAGGAUUUUAUCGGGCUUCCUAUAAAUCAGAGGAUAAUCAAACACACUGGUUUGUGGCCACGCAAUUUGAACAAACGUAUGCUAGAAGAGCUUUCCCAUGUUUCGACGAGCCUCGUUUCAGAACUCCCUUCACCAUUUAUUUAGCACAUUCCAAGAAACAUGUAGCUAUUAGUAACAUGCCUAGUGAAACAACAGAACUACUACCUGCCGACUCCAUGAGCAAUGGCCUAGGAUAUGAGAAAUUUCAACCAACUCCUCCAAUGCCUACAUACAUAGUUGCCUUCAUGGUAUCAGAUUUCAAACAGUUCACAGAUCAAAAUCUAGACCAAAGAAUACGAGUGAAUGCCAGGCCAGACCUCAUACAAAAAGCACAAUACACCUUACAACAGGCUUCUAAACUGCUGGCAUUUUUCGAGGGAUAUUUCGGAAUUCCAUAUCCUUUACCAAAGCUGGACAUUGUAGCGAUACCAAGUUUCCGAGGAGGAAUGGAAAAUUGGGGAAUGAUUGUAUUCGAUGAAAAUAUGGUGAUUUUGAAGAACGACUACAAAAUCUUUGAAGCUGCCGUAACUACAAUUAUAAGUCAUGAAUUUGCGCAUUUAUGGUUUGGUGACUUAGUAUCGCCUUCUUGGUACGAUUAUCUAUGGUUAAAAGAUGGAUUUGCGACUUACUUCCAGUUUUUCGCAUCUGCGGCAAUAGAACCAACUUGGAAACAGGAAGAGAUUUUUGUCGGGAUUGUGACCCAAAACACCCUAAUCGAAGACAUAUCCUUUGAACGUGCAAUAACAUGGCCAAACCGAAAAAUCAAAGACAUUGAACGCUCGUACAAUGAAGCAAUGAGUUACAACAAAGGAGCUAUUUUGAUCAGGAUGUUUGAACUAAUGUUUUCUGCAAAAACAUUCCAAAGCGCACUGCGCAGGUAUUUAAUAGACGGGCAACAAAAUCAACAUGGUUUAGCAGUGGAGAAAAAUUUAUUCGAUGCAUUUGACAAACAAGUAGACUUUGAUUCGGUGUCACAUAUUCCUCCUCAUGUACACGCUUCUGAUAUAAUGAAAACAUGGACCGAAAAUAUCGGAUACCCGUUGAUCACCGUGACUCGUUCUUAUGAAGAAGGAGAAGUUAAAAUUACGCAGACUCCCUAUCCACGACGAAUUGAGGCGUCUGAUGCUCGAUACCAGGAUCAAAAAUGGAUCGUACCAUUGACCUAUACAACAAAGUCACAGCAGCAGUUUUCAAAUCUUCAACCAGUUGAUUGGUCAUUUGCUGAUAAAUCUACAAAAUUGACUGGAUUUAAUAAAUUGGACUGGAUCUUAUUCAAUUUGAAACGAACAGGAUAUUAUAGAGUGAAUUAUGAUCCGGAAAAUUGGAAACUUCUAAUCGAUCAACUCAUGGAAGAUCACACAAAAAUACACGUUUUAAAUCGAGCUCAAUUAAUCGAUGACGCAUUAACUCUUGCUGAAGAUCAGUUAAUCAACUGCACAAUAGCUAGUCGCCUGAUUAAGUACCUUAAUAAUGAAACGAGUAUAAUACCUUGGUAUCCCGUCUCUCUAUGGUUUCAGAAAUUCAUAAACGAACAGUCCAAUUCUGCACCACUUAAAAAUCAAUUGAAAGCAAUUCUCGAAAAACCACUGAAGAAGUUUGGAUGUAUAUCUGAGUCAGAUGAUGAAAUUACGAUCCUCGUGAAAAUACAAUUUCUAAGUCUUUCGAAAGAUCUUGGCAUAAAUUAUUGCACAGAACAACUAUUACAAAUGUAUGAAAAAAAUCACGAUAAUUUCAACAAAAUUCCACAAAACCUGAGACCAGCAGUAUUCUGCAAUGCUCUACAGCAUUCUGAUAAUCCGAAAACAACUUUCGAUCAUUUAUGGCGUAACUAUCGGCGAAGUAAUGAACCCUAUGAAAAGAAACAAAUUUUAGAAUCUAUAUUCUGUUGCGUACAAUAUUUGCCCGACUGGGUCGUGACGAUGUAUAAUGACUGUCUCAAAAAUGGAUGUAGUAUACUUAAAAUGGACCACCCAGAGAGAGCUUUUUCCAUGCGGAAAAAUUUGCGUAACUAUCAGCGAAGUAAUGAACCCGAUGAAAGGAAACGAAUUUCAGAAUUUAUUCUUCUGUCCAGCUGGUGGAAGGAUGGGGUCAAAGUUUUAGAUGGUUUACUUGACCAGGACCACGUAGAGAGUGCUUCGCCCGCGAAGACAACUUUAAUUAAAUCCUUUUUUAACACGUUAGUUACGACCGAAAUCAUUAAACCUUCCCAAGAAAGCAUUAAUAAUUUUUCCAUCCUCGAUGAAUACGGUAUCGAAUUUUGGGAAAGUUUGUUGAAUUCAAUCGAUUCAAAAAUCCAAACUGAAGAACAAUUGGAGUUGGUCAAAGAGAUGGAAAUUGAAUUCGAAUCUUUAGAUCGAAAUAAAUAUUCAAAAUACAUCCAAAUGCUGAGAAACUUGCGAAUUAACGCUGAGAAAAAAAUUGCAUACCGCAGGUCUACCAAAUUUAUGGAACGGUUUCCCGGUGAAUGUUUGUUAUCAAGUUAAAUUAAACUCAUAAAAAUACUGUUUUAUUUUAGAAAAGUCAUGUAGAUAGGUACUUUAUUCUAGAUAAUUCGAUUCAUUUUUGAUGAUACCUGCGUAUAAUUUUACGGAGGGGUAUUUAUGUGCGGUACCUAGGUAUUGAAAGUUUUAAAAGUUUCGUCAAGAACUUCAGCUGUAAUGCCUGAGCGAAAACCUCUAGAUGUGUUUGAUUGAAUUAGUCAGGAUGAGGAUGAACUAUCCUGAGGGAAAGAUGAACAAGGGAUACCCAGAUGAUCAUGUUUUCGCAUUGGUAUGGUUGCUCGCUCUUUUCUUUUUCUCAUCAUCCUGAAAAUUCGAAUCAAACUUUUCUCUAAACCUAUUUUUAAUUAAUAAUUAUAUAGGUAGUUUUAAGCUGUGUACAUAUUUUCAAUGUUUUCCUCUUGUUUUUUUGUUCGCAUAUUUAAAAAUAAAUUUCUCCCACUCUUUUGAGAAUGGGAAAAGUUUGAAAA